UAUCGAACGCUAGUCGUGAGUUAUAAUUCAUGCCGACAAGGUGUCUGAGUGCGUAAACGCAGAAAAAAUGACGGAAAUAAAUGGUGUUAAAAAUGAAAUUAAAUCCUCGGCGUUGGAGCUUAUUGGAAAUACUCCGCUUCUCGCGUUAGACCGUCUACAUCCUGGACCAGGUCGUAUAUUAGUUAAGUGUGAAUUUAUGAACCCAGGUGGUUCUAUAAAAUGCCGUUCAUCAUUACACAUGAUUGAAAAGGCCCGAGAACGAGGAGAGCUUAAACCCGGUGGAGAUGUCGUUGAAGUCACCUCCGGAAACCAAGGAUGCGGCCUCGCCGUUGUUUGCUCGAUUAUGGGUCAUCCACUUACAGUUACUAUGUCGAAAGGAAAUUCCAUUCAACGCGUGAUUCACAUGGAAGCCCUUGGCGCUAAAUGCAUCAGGUAUCCCCUGGUACAAGGAACUUACGGAAAUGUCACAUUCGCAGACGUUGAACCCGCUUUGGAAGGGGCUAUGAAAAUGUCAGAAGAAAAUGGUUCGUUUUUCUGCCAACAAAUGGCGAAUCCAGAUAACGUUAACGCACAUUAUACUACUACAGGUCCCGAAAUAUGGCGGCAAUCGGGACACCGGGUUGAUGCUUUUAUCAGUGCUGUUGGUACAUCUGGAACUUUCACUGGCAUUUCUACGUAUUUGAAAGAACAAAAUCCGGAUAUUCAAUGCUUUGUUGUUGAACCAGAUGGUUCCCAACCGCUAAUAGGAUGCCCGAUAACGAAGCCGCUUCACAUGCUCCAAGGUGCGAGCUAUGGAGUUGUUCCCGAUUUAUUCAAGUCGGAUCUGAUGGAAGAUAGUAUUAGUGUAACUGACGAAGAGGCAGUGUAUUACAAGGAUCUGAUUGGAACAAAGGAGGGAUUGUUUGUUGGUUAUACAAGUGGUGCAAACGUUGCAGCGGCCGUGAAGUUGUUAAACUCGGGAAAAAUACCCAAAGAUUCAUGGGUCGUUACAAUACUAUGUGACACUGGAUUGAAAUAUACUCCUGUACCCGAAAACUUGAUAGAAUAGAAGAUAAGAUUGACACAAUAAGUCUCUAUCAACACAUUUAAUAGCUACAUUUCUUUGUACAUUACAAUAAUAUAAUCGACUUGUUUAAUUGAAGGCACAAAUAUCACGGAGCCGGUUGGUAUCAAUAAUAAAAGUAUAAUUAAUCAGUGGCUGUUAAAGUUCGUCGUUAUACCUUAAAAGGAUUAAUGUCGCCGAUUGGAUAAGUCCUGGAGUUGACGCGUGGGCGUAGCGUCCUUCGGGUGACCGAUGAAUUUAAAUAAACUUGUUUGGGCUACCACUUUUGACAUAUCCCUUAUUUUAAAAACGUUUCCAUUUCUUUUCUUCUCAUAUAAUAUUUCUAGCUGUCUCGUUCUAUUAUAAUUCUGUUAGGUGCUUGCAAAGUGGUGUUGUGAUAAAAACUUGCGGCGUCGCAAGCGCAGGUAGCACGUUUUUUGUUCGGUUUCAUUCGUUUAAUUUGUGUUUAUGUUGUUUUGUGCUGGCCCGUGCCAGACGUAUGCAAAGCAGGUACUGCAAUGCACAAGGAGAUAAAUCUUUAUUGCUCUUGACUAUCAAAUAACUUUAUUCAUCUUUUGAAAUGUCUUAUGCAAGAGUGAGUUGGCUUUGAUGACCUGAUGCUUAUGUUAAAACAAAACUCUACGUGUGCAAAGCUAUUGAUGUCAUAACAAAAUGCGAUUAGAAUACCAAAUAUGUAUUUAUAGUGAUCAUAAACCUGUAUAUUUCUGCAUG